AUGACCAAUAUAUCGAAUCAGAAAUCUAGUCUUUGCCCCACCAACGGUCGUCAAACCGUUGGGGAUGGGGCUUUCUCUUUCGACAACGAGCCUAGUGUGCUUGCUGUGUGCCAUCUACAGGGCAACCAAGACAUGUACUACUACUCUACCACGUUCUCUGGAGGGCCUGGGCACACCGCCGUCAACCCUAAUGCCUCUGCCCCAAUACCGUUCAGCCCACCCUCUGUCCGAUCUGCCGCAUCCCCACGAAAUAUCCCAAGCAGACACAGUUCGAUGAGCUCAACACCACCAUUGACACCUGACGUCGCGAGCGAUUACAGUCAGGAUAGUGGAAGAUCCUUUGCCAAUCAAGCUCGCCAGAAAGAUGCACUCGACUUUUUGAUGACUGUAUUCCCACACCAAGGUUUAUCUGCCCUUCCAUUCGCUAAAAGUGUCUCGAUAUCGGCACCCGAUCUGGGUGCGGACUUCGAGGGCAUUGUUUUGGAGGUUCCAGGCUCUGUCAAGACACUCUAUGUUGAUGGCAAGAGUGCGGCGUCUGUCAGUUUGCGCGAAAGCAUCGUUGCGCUUCUUGACCUUGCCGACGAACGCCUAGGGUGCUCUUCUCUUGUCAUUGUCCUAGAACGUUCCUCUCCAAACCUUGGCAAAAUCCUCCAUUCGCUCAUGUACGUCGGUGGUGCAGUUGUUACUAAACCCAUGUAUCAGGUUGACCCAGCUUUCGUGCUUGUUGGCCUCGAGGUGUCUUAA